GAGUGAAAGUCUGUCCAAAGGCUCGGAUGCAUUUAUCAAUGGAUACCCUUGGAAUAGUGGACGAUACUUGCCUGGACAACUACGACAUGGCAAAAGGAGCUGGGUCAAGCAGUGGAGGUAGAGUCCACAGUAUUGAUGUCAUACUGGGAUUCACUAAAGACCAGGACCCAUUACUCCAUUCGGUAGCAGGUGAUGACAGCCAGAAAACCAAUGGAGCAAACCCACAGGACUCUGACAAGCAGGCCUCAUCAAACCACUACGGGCACCUUCCAGAACUGGGUGACGGCUCCCAGCACUCCUCCUACCAUGAAUCAGACCUGUUCUCUGGUGACAAGUGUGAUGGAGAAAUGAGCAACUUGCAGAAAGACGUGGACGUUGAUGAGGGCUCUCCAGAGACAGUUAAGGAGGAGGAGCACACUAAAAAGAAACACAGAAGGAACAGGACCACAUUCACCACCUAUCAACUCCAUGAGCUGGAGCGAGCCUUUGAGAAAUCUCAUUAUCCAGAUGUCUACAGUCGUGAGGAGUUGGCAAUGAAGGUCAAUCUGCCUGAGGUUCGAGUCCAGGUUUGGUUCCAGAAUCGAAGGGCAAAGUGGAGACGUCAAGAAAAGAUGGACACUAGCACCAUGAAGCUCCAAGAUUCCCCCAUGCUAUCCUUCAGCCGUCCCCCAAUGCCUCCCAGUGUAGGGCAGGUGGCCAACCCAAUGCCACUUGAUCCCUGGCUGACCUCACCAAUCUCCAGUGCCGCACCCAUGCACACCAUUCCAGGGUUCAUGGGCUCACCACAGGGCCUGCAGCCGGCCUAUCCAAGCCACAGUUUCCUCAACACCCCACCUGGCAUGGUUCAGGGUAUGCAGCCUAUGGGUCCACCUCCCUAUCAGUGCCCACCCAGCUUCAAUGAUAAAUACCCAAUGGAGGAUGACAGGAGCUCCAGCAUUGCAGUACUCAGGAUGAAGGCCAAAGAGCACAUUCAGUCAAUGGAUAAAACCUGGCAGCACAUGUGAAUGUGAUUGGAUUUUUGAGAUGCUCCUAUGAAUGUUUACAAACUGCUUUUACACUGUUUGAUUUAUGUACUGAUGAAGAGGAUGCAUGGCACCAAAGAAGUCUGAAAGGUAUCUUAUCAUGAAUAAGUAACUCUCAGAACUCUCUAAACUGCAUUUAAUUUGUAACAAACUGUUUUGUAGCCCUAAGGAGAAUGAUCAACAGAAGUGCUGACUCACUCAUACAAGACACUUUGUUAUCAGCAUUAAUUUUGUAUAUCUCAGAUAAAUUUUAGACAGUACUGACAAACUGCAAUACAACGUAGAGAGGCUACGUAUAGCCAUGUUGUCAGAAGUAGCAGUGUUUUUGUAUUACUUGAUAACACAUUUCAACAAAUUCAUACAAGUUUGCUGUCUUAACUGAAUUGUGUUCUGAUCCCUUUUUGUGUGGCACAGACUGUCUACAGGUGCCCAGAUGUAACAAUUCCUAGUUCCCUUGAAGUAAUAAUAUUUUUAUGAGGAUUACCGACCAAUGUACAGUGCUUUGAGGUGUUGGUGUCUAGGUCUUUAGAAUGCCACUGUUUUAGUACACUGACAGUCAUUAAAAACUUUGAGACCAUAUUUUUCAACAUAAUUUUUAUUUUGAAGCCCGAAACUGGAUUUUCUUCAUAUGAAUCAUUUGUUUAGCAUAUUGGCAUACAGAAACAAAAAUCUAAAGUUUCAAGAAUGAUUUCAAAAUAAAGAAUUUCACAAAAGAAAACUGCACCUGCCAAACACAAAGUCACAACAGUCAAUACCGAGUAUGGCCUCCAUUUGCUUCGAUGUAGGCAGCAAUCUGUCGGCGCAUGCUUUGGACCAGGCUUCUGAUUGUGGGUUGGGAACAGCCCAUACGCCUGGUUACAUCACUGUAGCUCAAACCGUCCUCCACCAUAGCCAGUGCCCGGAGACGACGUUCAUGUGAUAGACGCGGCAUGAUGCUGUUCACUGGACUAACAAUGGUGGCCUUUUUUGGGCCUUUACAUAGGCCUUCAAAACCCAUUCUCAAAUUGUGCAGAUACUCACUGAGUAUUGCUUGGUGUGUAUUUGGUUCACUUUUGCAAAGUGACCAACCCAUGUGCAAUGAAUCAUGACAAAAUGACAACUCAUCAUUAUCUCAACUACCAGGGCACUUGAUCAUCAGUAAAUCCACAAUGAAUAAUCACAACCCCCCUACAAGUAGAAUUCUGCGUACAUUUCUACCUCAAAGUUUCUAUUGACUGUCAGUAUACAAAUAAAUGUUUUUGUUUUUCCAAGAAGGUUUUUCAUAUGUCUGCUUGGUUGGGUUAUGUCUUUUUCAAUUUUACUGUGUGUUUGCAGUGGAAUAUUGCCCAGCAUUUUUAAAAAUAUGUUUUCAGCUAUUUGGUUUUUGCUAUAAAAUGAGUAAAAAUUGGUAUUUAAAACAACUUUUCAACUCAAAGUUAACUUUGAUGUAGGUUUAAAGGGAAUGUGAAAGUUUAUAUUUAAGUAAUUAAAAUGGCCUUUUGAAGAACAUUGAGUUCUAAUGGGGGAUGUUAUCGGAAGUCACAGAGCAUAAUCUGACUUGGAGGCUAAUUUAAACAGACAAGCAUACCUCUUAACACCUAAUUACUGCUUUUAAAGCGAUUAACCCCAGAUUCUCAGCCAUAGACAGAAUGCCCUCAGAUGUUCCUGAAAAACGCUUUCAAGACCCGAUUAACUUUGCCCCUCCCCUGAAAGUUGCAAAUUUCUAAUAUUUCCAAGUUACUGCUACAGUACUACAUAUGAAUCUAGUUCUUUAUCAUACACUGUCUUAAUCUUCAUCAUUAUUAGUUAAGGAUGCUUCUUGUUUCAUUGUUCACAAAAUAUUCACUUCAGUUGGGUGGAUUUAGAGUGAGAAAGUCAGUGGGUUCUGCUAGCCUCUCAUUUGCUGAUGCAACUGUUGGUCUACAACAGGGGUCGGCAACCUUUAACACUCAAAGAGCCAUUUCGACCCGUUUCCCACAGAAAAGAAAACACCGGGAGCAGCAAAAUCCUUUUGGCAUUUAAAAUGAAGACAACACUGCAUAUAUCACUUUUUUACCUCGAUGCCCUUGUUAAUCAGUCGUGAUUAAUUAAUUAUAAAGCCUCUAAUUAGAUAGAUUCAUUUUUUUAAUCGUGUCCUUCCACUAAUAUUUGUCUUACUUGAUUAAUGUCAUUUUUGCUCCUGGACCUCAUAUGUUACAUAACGUUAGCUGGAAAUCAAUAUUUUGCGAAUGUCUAUUUAACUUGUAAAAUCUAUUUAUCUAUUUAUCUUGAGCUAAUAACUUUUUUCCGGUAAGUCGCUGCCCUAUUUUCCAAGAGGACACUCCUCUGACUCUCUGAUCUGCUGCCUGGACAUCGAGCCGUGUUCUUGCGAGUAACAUGUAUUACCCUAUCAUGAGUACUUUUGACUCAAAGACAAGACCUGUCUUUCUUGGAGUGGAGCUUUAAUAUACAGCCUUGCCAUUCUUGAGUACAAAACGAUGUGAAACUACAGGCGUUGCCUCUCCAGGAGUAAAACAAAAAAAAGGCAUGAAACAUGUGGGAAUCGGAAGCUCCGUGUUGUCCCUCUGCAUCAACUCUGCGCUCUCAUGCAAUAGUAUCCCAGCAGCACAUCCUGUGGAGUGACACGUCAAAAUAAGAGCGGUAAUUUCACAAUAAAAUUCUCUAUAUUAAAAUGCAUUGAAACGCACCUGAAAGGCAGAACAAUUUAUUUUCCAAAGUUACAGGGAGCUAGCCUAGCCGCGCUAGACAACCCACGGCAACGAAUUUAAUUCUCUGCCAGGGUGGAUCUAGUUACCCUCCAUAAGGCUCGAGGUUGGAUGCUCCUAAAACUGGCCGGACGAAUCACCAUGAAGUGUAGAGUCAGAAGGCGGGCGUAACUAAGUGAUGACAGAGGCGCGACGAUUCUGACAGAAAAAAACGGAAACAACUAGCCUAGCCACGCUAGAUAACCCACGGCAACGAAUUUAAUUCUCUGCCAGGGUCGACAACAAAAACGACAACAGUCGUUGAGCUCCAUUAGCACCGACUCUGAAUAAUCUUUCUGUUAACAUGUCUGUAAUAUACUUGAGCUUCACCCAUUGACUGUAUAAAUAAGGCUUCACCGAACUACCGCAUCCUCUGAUUUUCGGCGCUCUAGGAGCCUAUUCGUUGUGCUGAUUGGUUGUAUACCUACCCAAUGACUGCAGAGUGAUUUGAUAGACAACCUUUUAGCCCGCCUCCCUCCCUGUCGAGCGUGCCUAGACCCUUGUGUCUUCAGAGCAUGGGUCUAGCGCGGCUAGGCUAACAGGGAGCCACAACAGAUGGCUGAGAGAGCCGCGGGCGGCUCCGGAGCCGCGGGUUGCCGACCCCUGGUCUACAAGAAUAUGACACUGCUAAAAGGCAUGAGGUCGUUGUGAUAUGGAGUGUGUGUUUUAUUCUGUGUGUGCAUUUGGUGCAUGUGCAUUAAAUUAAUGCAGAAAGGUGCUGGGCUUGCAAAGGUAAUCAUAUUUCUUCUUUCAUACUUCUUUCUGUGACUGUAAGUACAUCUUAUGUCAUGGAUCAAGUGACCAGAAGCUUCCAAAGCAUCACACUUGUUGUUUCAUCUAUUUGUCAAAACCACUGUCAUUAGGUUCAUGUUCUGAAUACAUAUCUAAAGGUAAAAUGUCUGAUGGUGAUUUUAUCUGACAAAACACUAUAUACGAUGGUCUCCAAAAUGGCAGCCCCUCCACUAUCACAUUCAUAAGUCUUGUUGCUCAUUGUGGUAAACUCUGCUGUCUACAGUGGAUAAAAAAGCCAAAAAAAUAAAAAUCAACAUUUACUUUUACUAGAAGAAACACUUUUUAUUCCAUCACUAAUAUAAUUAUGCAUUAAUUUCUAGUUUUUUUUUAAAGGUUUUAGAAUAUGGCUUUCAUUUUCCAUGUGCAAAACACAGAAUAAAGUUAUCGAGCAGUA